AUAUAGGGGGGGCACGCACCACCACCCCAGCUACCCAUCCCGUGCGCCUACGCCUCGCCAGAUCGCACCUACCCUGCCGGCCUGCCCCCAUCACAUCAAUACAAGUGUUCGCUCGCUACGUGCCGUCGUCUCCGGAGACCCUCCGUGCACCACCAUGGCCGUGUCGGAGCUCGAGGUCGACGGCGUCGUCUUCCCGCCGCUCGCCCGCCCGCCGGGCUCCGAGCACGCCCACUUUCUCGCCGGCGCAGGCGUGCGGGGGAUGGAGAUCGGGGGCAACUUCAUCAAGUUCACGGCCAUCGGCGUCUACCUGCAGGCCGACGCCGCCGUCUCCGCGCUCGCCGCCAAGUGGGCCGGCAAGCCCGCCGCCGACCUCGCCUCCGACGCCGCCUUCUUCCGCGACGUCGUCACCGGCGAGUUCGAGAAGUUCACGAGGGUGACGAUGAUCCUGCCGCUGACGGGCGCGCAGUACUCGGACAAGGUGACGGAGAACUGCGUCGCCUACUGGAAGGCCACCGGCGUGUACACGGACGCCGAGGCCGCCGCCGUCGACAAGUUCAAGGAGGCCUUCGGGCCCCACAGCUUCGCCCCCGGCGCGUCCAUCCUCUUCACCCACUCCCCCGCCGGCCUCCUCACCGUCGCCUUCUCCAAGGACUCGUCCGUGCCGGAGUCCGGCGGCGUGGCCAUCGACAACGCCCGGCUCUGCGAGGCCGUGCUGGAGUCCAUCAUCGGCGAGCACGGGGUGUCGCCGGCGGCCAAGCUCAGCCUGGCCACCAGGGUCGCCGAGCUGCUGGAGGGGGCCGCCCUCGCCGGCGGCGAGCCGGCCGCGGAGGCCGUGUCGGUUUCGGUGUGAACGAACCGGGGGGCAUGCACCGCGCGUCCGUCACUGGUGUGGUGGCUUGUGUGGCUGGUGGUGUCCGUGGUGGGACGUCGUGUUCCCUCCAUUUCCUCACGGUUUGUUGGUUUUCUUCCCUGCACAUGCAACCAUGCGUGGAUAACUAUGAGUCUGUGGUGAUUUACUUGGAUUAAUAAAGAAACUCUUUACAUCU